CAGAAUUCCCGGAUUUCCCGCAGGAUCCUCGGAGGAGGACGAGGAGGCGAGGAAGAAACGGGAGAAGCAGCGGAGGAGGGACCGGAUGAGGGACAGGGCCAUGGACAGGAUCCAGUUCGCCUGCUCCGUGUGCAAAUUCCGGAGCCUGGACGAGGAGGAGAUCCAGAGGCACCUGGAGAGCAAAUUCCACCGGGACACGCUGCGCUACAUCGGCACCAAACUGCCCGACAGGACCGUCCAGUUCCUGCAGGAGUACAUCGUGAACCGGAACCGGAAAAUCGAGCGGCGGCGCCAGGAGCUGUCGGAGAAGGACGGGAACAAAGCCAGGCCGGAUCCCUUCAAGGGGAUCGGGCAGGAGCAUUUCUUCAAGCGCAUCGAGGCCGCGCACUGCCUGGCCUGCGACAUGCUGAUCCCCGGCCCAGGGCCACCUCCUGCAGAGGCACCUGCGCUCGGCCGAGCACAACCGCAGCCGCAGGCUGGCGGCCGAGCAGUUCAAGAAGACGAGCCUGCACGUGGCCAAGAGCGUCCUGAACAACAAACACAUCGUGCGGAUGCUGGAGCGAUACCUGCAGGGUGAAGAUCCCUUCACGGAGGAGCCGCCGGGAGAAUCCCAGGAAAGCCCCAAAUCCACGGAAACGCCGGGAAAAAUCCCGGGAGAAGCGGAAAUCCCCGGAGAUUCCCCCAAAUCCCAGGAAUUCCUGGAGCCCCCCAGGCCCCUCCUGGUGCCGCCCUUCCUGGAGGAGCCGGAAAAUCCCGAAAUUCCCGAAAAUUCCCAGGAAAAUCCCACAGCAGAAGCCCAGGAAUUCGGGAUUUCCCCCCAAAAGGAAACUGAGGGAGGGGAGGGGGAAGAGGAGGAGAAAAUUCCGGGGAAAACGCCAGAAAAAAAACUGGGAAAAAUCCUGGAAAAUGAGGAAAAAAUUCCAGAAAAAAUCCUGGGAAAAGAGGGAAAAAUUCCAGAAAAAAUCCUGGGAAAAGAGGAAAAAAAUCCAGAAAAAAUCCUGGAAAAAGAGGGGAAAAAUGCAGAAAAAAACCCAGAAAAAGAGGAAAAAAAUGCAGAAAAAAUCCCGGGAAAUGAGGAAAAAAACC